GUUCGAGCAACACGAACCGCCCAGCCAACAGUUGAAAUCAGUACGAGGUACAAUAAGCCUGUAGAAACCAGCAACAUGACAGCAGCACAAAGAGCAAGCUGCAAUUCCUUGUCCAGUACAGCAGAAACGGACAAAGCACAACCAUAUAAAGUAGAAACAUUAAUAGCAGCCACUACAAGCUUAAGGACCAGCCAUUUUCAAAGCAGAAACAUCAAGAAGGAGCCACCACAUCGAAACCAACAAGAACAACACAGGCACAAGCACAACAGAGGAUCUGACAUCCAUAUUUCAAGACUGACUGAUAAUUAAACGAAGGAUAAUGGAGGAUGAACCUGCAACUGCAAGUGCGUUGCUGAUGAAAAGAGCUCUUGUUAUAGAAGUGAAAGAUCCAUUAAAACUUAAAAAAGUUAAGCGAGGAAGUGGAGUGAGGGAGAGUUCCAUCUCCUUGGCCCAAUUCGCACGCACGUCGUCUAGCGUAGACAUAAACUACCACCUAUACCCGUGUUCUCUUCUCCGUCCUCUGACUUCUGAGCUGGUGGCCGGGACCAGGCACUCUCAUACGACUGUCGUUCAGGCCCAAGCCCAUUACUUUGUCUUUCUGGCGAGUUCAUUAUAGCAUGCCGUUUAGAGCAAACGACCAGCUCGUAUGCAUUGUCAGAGAACGUACAGUCUUCAUCUAACGUCACCGUUUUAAGGUUUUCUUUCACGAUCAUCCCCGAAGCAAAAAGAUACUACAAGGGCAGAACUUAGAAAGGUGACAACCAUCGGCGGCAAAGAAAGGGCCAUUUUCCUGAGAAUUAAUUAAUGGCAGAGGAAGUAGGUGCAGAAUCCGAGACUGGGAAGGUGGAGAAGGCGAUGGAAGGAGUGGCAUCAAUAGCACUGUUGGCAUGUGGGUCCAUCUCUGGCCACUUCAUCCAACUUCCCCAUUCUGUCUGCUAUGGCCUUCAUGGCACAGAGUUGGAAUGUGAAAGAGAGUGCAGCAGGGGUGAGGAUUACCGCUUGAUCAAGCUCACAAUCAUCGACUACAAUAGAAAGAAAGAACAAAGUCUCGUAGUGGAGUGCAGAGGCCAUGAUGCUGCCCGCUUCCACAGCAUUGAUCAUGCUCAUGGGUGGGAGAAUGAUGUUGUGGGUAUGGUUGAACAUAAGGAUGGAAAGAACAAGAUUUUGGUUUCUUUUGCAUGUGAGACACUGAAAGCCGAGAAAGCAGCAGAAGAACAUAUCAGGCAGUUCAUGCCAAAAUUGGCCGGGCUAGAUGCUGUUGUUAACAUCGGUCCGAUGAGCAUUGCUGGGCUUGACUUUGGAGCAGAAGAACCGGACAUUAGGCAGGAUGUAUGAUCCUGUGAAUGCGCUUCUAUCCUUGUUUGUACUCAGUUGGAUUGUAAACCCUGACAACGUGAAAUCAAUUUGAUCCAUGCAGUUCAUUGCAA